UUCAAUGGAACGCAGCGUUUUGGACAUUCUGUGUCUGUGAAGCGAGAAAACCAGGUAUCCAUCUUCUUCAUUUUCGAAAUCCACGCAGAAGGAGAGAACUCUGUAGCUCACACCACCUGGAGACACUGCGAACGCCUUUUAAUCCAAUCAAUGGCGUAUGAAAUCCCACACGAUCUGAUCAAACAACUUCAGAUCUCACUUCGAAAUGGCGCCAGAAUCUCCUCCUACGACCCUCACGAUCCUUCGCUUCCGAAUCUACCAUCGCUUCAUGAAACAAUUGCAGAACUCAAUCCCUCGCCACCUUGUCUUCGCUGCAAACACUGCCGAGGAAGGUUUCUUAGGGAUUUGAAGUCAUUUAUUUGCGUUUUCUGCGGUCGGGAACAGAGCACGGAGGUCCCUCCUGACCCCAUUAAUUUCAAGAAUACCAUUGCUUGUCGUUGGCUGCUCGAGUCCUUUGACUUGGAUGGAUCGGAAAUGGUAGGACCAAUCGAUUUGAAGAAAUCAAACCGCGGAAAAUCACCAGAGCAGUUUCCCCUUACAGAUAUUUUGGAUUUAGAGAUCAGAUGGCCUGAAACUGAAAAGAUGGGGCUCUCACACGAUACCUCAGCUCCAAGUAAAAGUACCUUGAAUUUGGCUGGAGUUGAACUGGACUGCUACUUUUCUGAGGGAAAAAAUGACUCCACUUCAAAAGCAUCUGAUGAGCUACCACUACCGAAUACACAAAUAGAUGGCUCUGAGAGCAAAACUAUUAAGGAUAAUGUAGGUCUUAGUUUGUUUGGAAACGUUCCAUCUUCUGAGAUGACUACGAGGAUCACUAAACAUGAUGAUUCCUUUUCUGGUUGGGAGGCAAGUUUUCAGACUGCUGGUCCUGCAACUUCUCGUGAUAGUUCUAAAUCAGGUUUUGGACUCAAAAACAAGUCCAGAAGUGGAGAAAUGGAAGAUACGCAAGGCCCUUCUGAUAAUUUUAGGAAAGGUAUUGUGAAUGGCGUUGUGCCAAAGGUGGAUGAGACUGAAGUAGAUUCCUUCAGCACAACCACCUCAAAGGAUAGUGAUUUUAGGAACUCUUCUCAGCCAAAUUCAUUUGCAGGAGCAUUCCUCAAUCCAAAUGGUAUAUCCCAAGAAAAAGCAACGAGGCCAGACGCCGCCUUUGAUGUAAGAAGGAUGAGUGAAGAGAAUGGAGAAACUGGAGAAAAUUUGGAAGCUACGAAGUGUCAGGCUGCAUCAGGUACUAGUUCAGGUUCAGAUAACGUACACGUGACGGUCGCAAAGAUGCACGAACUAUCUUUUAUGCUCGAAAGCAAUCUUUCAAUCCCCCCAAAGUGAUGCCUCUUUAGUUCUUCUUAAGAAGCACGUUGCCACUGAACUUUUCCUGUAUUUUUCUUUCCAUCCUUUCUAAAUUUGUUGUAGCUUAGUGUUAGUUUAGUUAUUACGGAAUGCAUUCUUUGAUUUUACAAAAUGGCCAUAUGUCGUUGAUAU